GCCGAAACUCACAUUAAGGCUUCACUAUCCAUCAGCGGCAGAAUAGGAAAUAUUUAUAUAUAGUAGCUAUUGUAUUGUACAUGUUAAGAAGUUGUUUGGUGUAGUUAAUAGCCAAGGGCAUUACAAAACGUAUCGGGCACCCUUUGGUUCCGAUAUGGGGCGUUGGACAUUGCUUUUUGCGGCAGCAGUUGUAUUCACCAGUGUGACCAGUGGGCAAAAUACGGCCGGUCAAAACACACGGAUGGUCACUGGAGAUGUAAACCAGUUCUGGCGAUUUGUACUUGACUCGAUGAGGAACCGGGGUCAAAGUUCCGGUCGAACCAGCUUCAGUGUCGUAUACGACCCGUCCGGUAGACGGACAGUCACAACGUCCAGCUCCUCCAGUGAUACCGGAAGUGGUUCUGGUAUCCCUGGCAACAUUGGAUUCGGUACUGGUUUCCCCAGAAACACUGGAAGCAGUGCUGGUUUCCCUAGAAACACUGGAAGCAGUACUGGUUUCCCCAGAAACACUGGAAGCAGUGCUGGUUUCCCUAGAGACACUGGAAGUGGAUCGGGUUUCCCUGGUUCCAGCGCCAGUACGGGCAGUUCAACAAACACAGAAAACCCACCCCCACCACCUCCAGCGCCCGCGUUCCCAAAACCCGCUAUGCCAAAAUCGAAUCCGAUCGUGAAAAGACCAACCAUCCCAAUGGAUAGUAUAAUUGAGAAUACUUGUACUAAUGAGUAUAAGGCGUUGGAGGGACACACACUAUGUAUGAGGGAUGAUUCUCGUGUAAGGGUCAGUGGGGUGUCGGAGGCUGACAAGAAAAUGAUAACCGAUCUACACAAUGAUUACCGGUCUAAAGUUGAACCUCCUGCCACUGAUCUCGUCACUCUGAAAUGGGACGAACGCCUGGCAUCUGUGGCACAGAAAUGGGCAAACCAAUGUAAAGCUGGUCACGACAAAAUGAGGAAAAUACCAUCGAUCGGGAUGUCGGUUGGACAAAACGUGGCGGGGGGAUACAACACGUGGGAGGAGUCGGUAUUCCACUGGUAUGACGAAAUCCGCAUGUGGAAGUACGGUGUAGAUCCCGAUUCCUAUCUCGGCCACCUUGGCUGGAAAAAGAUCGGUCACUUUACCCAGAUGGUCCAGAACGCCACUUUCCUGGUCGGCUGUGGGUACGCUGAGUGUCGCCGGAGCCGUUAUACCCGCUACUAUGUCUGUGAUUACGCGGCUGGCCAAUCAAACCUAGCCUAUCCAUACACUGCAGCUCGCCCCGGAAGUGGAGAAGGUCGUUGCUCGGUGUGCCCAAACACGUGUAACAAAGGCCAGUGUGAUUGUAAAGGACUUGUGUGUUUGAAUGGCGGAAAACUAGAUCCUAAUUCGUGCACAUGUACAUGCACGAAACUGUACGAAGGGAAAACAUGUGAACAAUUGGUAUGCCCGGCCAAAGACAAGUGGAUUUGUCGCCGAGACUGGCCAGAGAGCUACUGUGACGCAUAUACCAAUGUUCCCGAGGAGUGCCCACACAUGUGCGGCAUCUGCAAAUCGGUGACCGGAAGUACGUCAAGCAGUCCGGAAGUGACCUACGUGUCGUCAUCUGGAUGCCAAUAUCAGGGCGUGCGAUCCACUCUAGAUGAAUGUAAGGCCUAUGGCAGAGGCGGAGAUGACAUCCACGCAUGUGCAACCAAGGGUGGGAAUAUCACGUGUACCGACUGCGAUAAGUACUACAACGUCAAGCGUGACAUGUGCCCGGUCAUGUGUGGCCUUUGUGAUCCUCAGUGUAACGGGAAGGAAUGUAGAAAUGGCGGAACACUCGACACGGUGACCUGUUCAUGCAGUUGUCAGCCUCCGUAUGAAGGAGACAUGUGUGAAACAGUGGACUGUGCUAUUCCAGACAUGCCUCACUGUCCCUACUGGAGCGUGGGACACUGUCGACAGUACAGAAACGUACCCUCAGACUGUCGCCAUAUGUGUGAGCUUUGUCGCUAGCAUGCACCUUAGGUGACAACACAGACGAAAUCCUGUACAGAACUGACUCGGAGUCACAGCUUUACCAGCUAACACUUAUAAGGUCAUAUCACGUGAUCACUCUUUAACUUACUGGCUGACCUGUUCAAUACGACACUUGGCACGCCUGUGAUAAACUAACAAGUAACAUUUGACAUAGGGAAGCUUUAGCAAAGAAUUAUACUUGGUCAUUCCUACAAAGCGUCAAAGUCUGUGAUAGUAUUCCGACAAAGACACAAGCAACUGUCACAAUAUUGUAUGUCAUAAAAUGACAGAAAAAAAUCAAAAGCACAUUUCCUCGUUGGUUCAGUCAUGUUGUUAAAAAUAUAGACAUAUCCCAAUGAUAGUUCCAAUUUGUUACAUAACUUAAAUAAAUUAUUCUUAUAUAACAGGAAACGCACCGAUCGGAUGACGAUAGCUUCAACUCAUGACUCGCACCUCACAAACAUAACGACCUACUAUAUAUUCACCGUCCUGUAUAUCAAGUGAGAUAUUGUUUCGUUAAAACGUUAGUUUAAAAGUUUGACGAUAUGUCGCAAACUGAAACUAGUCGACUUAGAAGAAGUCUUAUGUUCAUGUAUAAAUGUAAAUAUGAUAUUAGGCACUUGUAUUUAAAAUUCUGUGCUCAUCUACGUUAUCCAGAAAAAAAGCACAUCGGUUUUAUCUUAAGAAGUGAAGACCCAUGUUGCUGGAAACCCUCGUAAACACGGACCAAGAAAAUUCGAAAGACGAUUUCGUAUUCAGAAAACGCCUUUGUAGAUUGAAAUGUUUGGAACUGGAUUUACUGUUCACAGAAGUGCGUUUAACUGGAUUAAACUUUGAUAGAGAGAGUAAUGAAAUAGCACACGCCAACAGUACUCAUGAGUAACUAGAAACUAUUUUAGUUACCCUUAGUACUGAAAAAGGCUGAUGAGUUUAAACAUGUAUAUAUCAUGUAUCCAUAACAAUAAAUUAUUAUACUGCCAAA